AAUAAGGCUUUGUGGUAAAAAGUAGAAAGUAAGAUAAAUUACUUACGGUAUAAGUGUAUGGAAGGAUAUAUAAUAUAGUUUAAUAAUAACAGACAUUUACUUUAAACAUGGAGUUAAGGCCUUCAGAAAUAUAUUAUUCCCAGGACUCCAUAAACAAUGUAUUUGACAAAAGAUGUCGGCAUAGCUACAAACUCAUUGGAGAAACCUUGGAUGAGAUUUGUGAAGAGAGAUGUAGUAUUUACUCAAUCCCGAGGAUAUCUGUCAUGUUAAAGAACGAAAAGUGGAUAAUUUCCGAUAACCGUCGAUUGUGGGUUUUUCGACAGCUCGAACAGCUUGGAAAAUGCGACAUUGUACCUGCGUACGUCACUUAUCACAUUCCAGCUGCGAAGAUGACAUCAUGUGAUGGCGGUGAUUCAGUACGCGUGCGCGGACAUCCAGGAGGGAAAUGGCAUAUGGAACAGUAAAUAUCAUAUUUGAGUUCAUCAAAUGAUGAUGAUGACGAUGAUGUUGAAGAUGAUGAUGAUGAUGAUGAUGAUGAUGAUGAUGAUGAUGAUGAUGAUGAUGAUGAUGAUGAUGAAGAUGAUGAUGAAAAUGAAAAUGAUGACGAG